AUGUCUGCCAACCUCGACAAGUCUCUUGACGAUCUCGUCAGCGGCCGUCGCCAGAACGUUCGCAACACUCGCCGCCGCGCUGGUGGCCGCCGCGCCGCUACCAAACCCGCUGUCGGAGGCGUGAAGAAAUCUACCAAGGCUGCCCCCAAGCCCGCUCAUCCCACUCCUAUUGUUCAAGCUUCCAGCAAGAUCCUCGUUAGUGGAUUGCCUGCCGAUGUUUCCGAGGCCAAUAUCAAGGAAUACUUCACCAAAUCCGCUGGCAGCGUCAAGCGGGUCAUGCUCACUUACAACCAGAACGGCAGCAGCCGUGGUAUCGCCACCAUCAUCUUUGGCAAGGCAGACACCGCUGCCAAGGCCGCCAAGGAUCUUAAUGGCCUCCUCGUUGAUGGUCGUCCCAUGAAGAUCGAGGUCGUUUACGAUGCCUCUCACGCUCCUACCGCUCCUGCUGCUAAGCCUCUGACGGAGCGCGUUGCUCAGAAGGCCCGCCCGAAGUCCGCCGCUGCCACAAAGGCCAAGAGCAACCAGACCAACACCCAGGCUAAUGAGGCUAACAAUGACAAUGCCAAGGGCCGUGGCAAGGGCGCCGCCCGCCGUCGUGGUCGCAACCCCGGCCGUGGAAAGCCCAAGACCGUUGAGGAGCUCGACGCUGAUAUGAUGGAUUACUUCGCUACCGAUGCUCCUCCCGCCGAGAACGCUGCCCCCGUGAACGGUGCUCCCCCCCAGGCCAACGGUGGAGAUCUGGCGAUGAACGACGAGAUCUCGUAA